AUGGGCAACAAAGCGCCAUGGGAUAAGUUUCAGGAGACGGUCGACGCUCUAGCUCCACUUGGUCCCAAUGUCUUUGCAACGAAGCAAAAUGAAUGGCCGAGGCACCGAAAGGUUGUUUCUCCGGCAUUUAACGGUCUCUUGUAUCAGGCGGUCACGACCGAAACAAUAGCGACUUACUAUGACUGCCUUGCUACCCAGAAGUGGGAAAAGGAGCGAGAGUUCAUCAUGUCUGAUGUCCCCGCUAUAACCUCAAAGUUCGCACUUUAUCUUGUGGCAAAAUGUGGCUUUGGCAUUCACUUGACCUGGAACGAAGAAGUUGGCGAGCGAGUUGAUGGCAAGUCUCUUCCAGAAUGCUUCGAUGUGACCAGCAGAUCUGUUGUAUUUCUGUCUCUCCUUCCCCGCUGGAUGAUUCGUUCGCCAAUUCCUGCAAUGCGUCGUCUUUAUGAAGCUAGCAACAUUUUGGAAAAGAUCGUCCAGGACAUAAUCGACAAGCGUCGUGCCGAGGGUUUGGGAGAUGAGAAACAGGCGAAGGAUAUAUUCAGCAUGCUUCUUUCGGCGAACGACCUGGAGAAAGGGAGCGCUGGAGCACUUUCUGACCGGGAACUGGUUAGCAACGUGUUCUUCUUGCUAUUGGCUGGACAUGAAACAACGGGCAAGGCUCUUGCGGCAACUCUCGGAGAACUGGCCUGCAAUCCUCAUCACCAGCAGCGCGCGUACGAAGAAGUCAUGUCUGUCCUUCCGGACGGUAGGGACCCGAGCUACACCGACAUAGAUCGACUCCCAUUCGUCCAGGCUUGCUUUAUGGAAGGCCUGCGAAUGUUUCCCAGCGUUCCGAACACAAUGCGGGGUCCUAUUGAGGACACCGUCCUGCAAAACAAGCAAGGUGGCAUUACACCGUUUCGUGUCCCGAAAGGAACUCCGGUUACACUAGACUUCUUUGGGCUUUCUUACAAUGAAAGGGUCUAUCCGGAGCCUGACACAUACAAACCCGAACGCUGGCUCGACCCCAAGACGGAACCUCUAUCCACCUUCUCAUACGGGCCGCGCGUUUGCAUCGGAAAACGCUUUGCGAUGGUGGAGUCCACAUGCUUGCUUGCAUUGCUGCUCCUGGCAUGCAUCAUGGGGGAGAACGUGGAAUCCGUUGUUGGGUUCGGACACAAACGCUUCGCGCUGUCCUUCACUCGUCGCAAUGCGACUACCCGUUAG